CACAGGGCUGGCAUUCAGCUAAGCAGGCAUGUAAAUUUAGCUUCGUGAAAGGCAUGCCAUGGAUUAUGUCUUGGGACUCUCAGAUUUCGUCUUCAGAGGAGCGAUUGUGAUGCAUGGAGAGCUGAUUUCAGGGUAGCCAUGCAGGUGUUAAUAGGUGGGAGAUAUUCCAAUCACACUGCAAUCUGAACUCACGUCUACAGUCACGUCUCUUGAGAUCUCUCUUGCUCCCUGUGCGCUGGAGAGAAACUUUGAGGAACUUUUCAAUUGAUUACGGAUGAACGUUUGAGAGGUUAGGAGUGGUAUGUGACAACUGAGCCGCGACAGAGAAGUCUAUAAUACGGGAUCCAUUGUGUGAAGUUUGAGAAGGCGUCAUGGAUACAUUAGCUUUAGAGGCAAAAAGUGCUAAGAGCGAUGGUGCACCAGCCCCCGCUCCUUCAGCCAAACCCAGACCAAAACCUCCUAAAAAACCUAAACGCAUCGUUUACUUCGAGGUGGAGAUUGUGGCUGCCAAGACCAAGGAGAAACUGUUACUUCUGGAUAAGGUUGAGCCAACAGCAACUAUAUUGGACAUUAAGUCUAUGUUUCACAAAUCAAAUCCACAUUGGUAUGCUGCCAGACAGUCUUUAUGCCUGGACCCAAAAGGAAAACCCUUACGAGAUGAGGAAAUCCUGCAGGAGCUUCCUGUGGGAACCACUGCAACCUUCUACUUCAAAGACUUGGGAGCCCAGAUUGCCUGGGGAACUGUGUUCCUAAUCGAGUGCAUUGGACCUCUUGUCAUAUACCUGCUGUUUUAUUUUCGACUGCCUCUCAUCUAUGCUCCCAAGUAUGAAUUCACCACCAGUAAACAUUGGGUUGUGCAUAUAGCCUGUAUGUGUCACACUUUCCAUUAUGCGAAGAGAAUCUUGGAGACGUUAUUUGUCCAUCGCUUUUCUCAUGGUACCAUGCCAAUGCGCAACAUUUUCAAAAACUGUUCCUAUCACUGGUGCUUUGCAGCAUGGAUGGCAUAUUACAUCAAUCACCCUCUCUACACACCUCCAUAUUAUGGAGAAAGGCAGGUGAAAACAGCACUUGGAAUCUUUCUGUUCUGUCAACUUGGCAACUUCUCAAUUCACAUGUCUCUGAGAAAUAUCAAGCAAUCUGGAUCUAAGGUGAAGAAGAUUCCUUAUCCAACCAAGAAUCCAUUCACGUGGAUAUUUGCACUUGUUUCAUGUCCAAACUACACAUAUGAGGUGGGAGCUUGGCUUGGAUUCACGCUGAUGACCCAGUGUGUCCCAGUGUUAUUCUUCACCGUGGUGGGAUUUUUACAGAUGACAGUUUGGGCCAAAGGGAAACAUCGCAGCUACCUAAAAGAGUUUAAAGAGUAUCCCACACUGCGCUCCCCAAUCUUACCUUUCAUCUUAUAGCCUACACUGAAAAUCCCAGUCAAUGAGAAUGAAUGCUUCGCAACAUCAGUAAAGAUUGUCUCCAAAACUAACAAUCCCAUUCAUUUUGCUAUAGUAAAAUAUAUUUUAAGUGAUAAAUAAAAAUGGUCAAGAGUCAUACAAUGAACUCUGAGGUUGUAGUAAGUCUGGGGUUCUGUAGUGUAGACGACCAAGUCAACCUUAUUUCUUCAAUUCAUGUUUAAUAGCCAAAUGGUUAGUAUCAUUUUAUUUGUUAGUAAAAAUACAUUUUAAAUUACAAUAGGGCUUAAGGCCAAUUAUACGCAACCCGAUAUUUCUUUCAUUAUAAAAAUGCCAUAAAAUGACCACCUUACAUGGUGUAAAGGAAAUACCCAUGCAUUCAAGAUGUUUCAACCAUGAU